AUAAUUUUUAUAAAAAGUAAGAAUGGAUCAAGUAGAUAGCUCACAGCAAAUGGGUAAGGUGGAAAACAAUCUUAAGGAAGCCAAGGAUAUUGGAAAGAACAAUAAGCCUAAGAGAAGAUUGAUGACUGAAAGAUUAAUGAAGCUAUAUUUAACCAUCUUUAAAAGAACUGUUACUUCUGCCACAACCCGCACACCUUUCUGCAAACAUCAGAUCGCAUCAUGCUUUAUGCAUUCACUUGAAGGCUUCUUGAAGGACUUCUUCAUAGGAGCUUUUGUCAAAGGAGGAAUAACUUUGCUAUUAGGGUUAUUGAAACCAAAGAAAGGACUAUUUGGAGCUUUUAAAAACAUUUUCAGCUCAGAUACAGCCAUGUUUGCAUUAUUUACAGGCACUUUCUUAGCUAUUUAUAGACUAACUCUCUGAAAGCUUAGGGCAUUUAGAGGAAAAGAUGACAAAUAUAACAGUAUGAUUGCUGGCUUUCUGGCUUCCUUAACUCUUGCUUUUGAUAAUUCUAAAUCAAGAAGAAUCACAGUUGCUAUUUAUUCUUUUGCAAGAAGCCUUGAAAGUGUGAUCAAGGUGCUUGAUCAUAACGACAUUAUUAGAGAAAGGAAGUUGUGGCCGGUCUUUCUUCUCAACAUUCUUCAUAUCUACAUUGCUGUUACAUGGUACUUUGACAUUGAUGGAUUUCCACCUGGAUUGAAUAAACCCAUCGAAAAGAUUACUGGAGCGAAAGAGAAUGAUUACAUAAUCAUUGAAAGAGUGUGCAGAGUCAUGUAUUCCUCUGAGAAAAGAUAA